UCUCAGGUGGACAAGCUAGCGGCAAACUGACGUGGCUAUUUGAUCAAGAUUAUAAAUUUGAUUUUAAAUUAAAAUUUUCUUUUUCUUUUUCAUCAGACUUCAAUUAUGGUUCUUUUAGCCAGUGCCGUCAUUUCCAAACAAAAUGGAAAAAUUUUACUUUCGAGACAAUUCGUUGAAAUGUCUCGAUCUCGUAUCGAAGGUGUUUUGACCGCUUUCUCUAAGCUCAUCACCAAAGAUAAACAGCAUACGUUUAUAGAAACUGAUACGGUUCGCUAUGUUUAUCAAGCUUUGAUGGACAAGCUUUAUUGUGUUCUAAUCACAACAAAAACUUCAAACAUUCUUGAAGAUUUGGAGACGCUUAGAUUAUUUGUUCGUGUUAUAAAUGAAUAUACAACAACUAGUAAGAAUCAUUCGGAUGAACAAGCCAUUUUGGACAAUGCAUUCACGUUAAUCUUUGCUUUCGAUGAGAUUGUUGCACUUGGAUAUCGCGAAAAUGUAAACAUGUCACAGGUUCGUACAUUCAUCGAGAUGGAUUCAAAUGAAGAACGUGUAUUUGAAGCUGUACGUAAAACGCAAGAACGUGAAGCUAAACAGAAAAUGCGUGAAAAAGCAAAAGAAUUAAGUCGAUUACAGCGUACACAACAAAAUGAACGAUUGACUAAAAUGCCAGGUAUUGGUAGUGGUGGUAUAUCAUCAAAUAGUUCGUCGUACACCGGAAUCAGUUCAUCCACCAGCGUAUUCGACAAUAGCUAUGAUAGCCAUAAAAAUAUUAGUUCUUCUAUUUCAUCAAAUAAACCACAGAAACCUAGAGGACCUUCAAAAGCAUUGAAAUUAGGAUCCAAAAAUACUAAUUUAUUUUCAACAGAAGAACAAUUAUCCACUGAACUUAAAGAAGAGGUUAAACCAGUGGCCAAAAAUACGUCCCAAGAACAGGUGCAUAUUAACAUUGAAGAAAAAUUGAAUAUCGAAGUUUCCCGUGAUGGAGCUGUACAUUCAUCCGAACUGACCGGUGUAUUGCAUGUUCUCAUUCGUGAUGAACAAUUUUGUCGUGUCAAAUUUUUGGUGGAUUGUGAAGACACAGAAAAUGUUCAAAUUCAGAGUCAUCCAAAUGUAGACAAAGAAUUGUUUCGCCAACAUGGUCUAAUCACGUUGAAGCAGAAAGCAUUUCCAUUGAAUUCAAGUGUUGGCGUGUUAAAAUAUCGCCGUACAAGUCAAUCAGGGAAAGAUUGGCCACCACUUAUAUUGAAUUGCUGGCCAAAUGGAAAUAAUUGCAACUUGGAACUAAUCGUCAACAAAUCGUUGACUGAGUUAUCCAUAUCGAUUCCAUGUCCAUCACAGCCAACUGUAAAUGAAUGUAGUGAAGGUGAUUAUUCAUAUAAACGUGGCUUUCUUGUAUGGGAUAUUUCAAUGAUUUCGCCUGAAAGUAAAACGCCAACCAUUGAUUUUGAUCUUUCAUCAUCAACCACAGCAUCGGUUGAAGACUUUUUUCCAAUCAAUUGUACAUUCAAUUCUGAACAAAAUUUAGCGGGACUAAUUAUCAAAGAAGUUCUCGAUGAUGAAGUUGAAGAUAUCAAAUGGAGUUUUGAAUCCAAAUUGAAUGUGGAAAAAUAUGAAAUUGUAUAGCCGUUGUGGUAACUGGCCAAUUAAAAAGUCGGAUUUCUAAAACAAAACGAGAAACAAAUUCUUAAUAAAAAAAUGAUGUAGAAAA